CCCCCUCUUAACGACUUAACGACCCAACGCGCACGAGUCGCAUGUAACACCCUCGGCAAACAUCAGACGGCCUGCCCCUAUCGACUUGCGGAUAGAAUUCUUGAGAAAAGGGGCCUAUAUUAAUUGAUUGCCUGUCCCGUUCUGUCAUUGACACGGAGGAACCGAUCGAAUUCCGCCUGAGGAAAUACCGACCUUGCCAAAUUAUCAACAUGGGAGAAAGCGCACAACGCCCGUCGUCAGGGCCAGGGCCAGUUGGGAAGAACUUUUCAUGGAUUCUGUUAACGGCACAGUAUACUACGUUUGUGCUGUUAUUACACUACUCACGGGUGAUGCCGCCAACUAAUGGCAAGCGAUAUCUCACGUCUACCGCGGUUUUUUUCAACGAGGUUGUGAAACUUGCCAUCUCUCUUACCAUAGCAUUAUACGAAGUUUCCAAAACGGCUCCCCCAUCAGUUCCUGCAACAUCCCUUUUCUUCUCCCUCACGGCUGCUGUUUUCUCUGGUGACAGUUGGAAACUCGCAAUACCCGCAAGCCUCUAUACACUUGCAAAUUCGUUACAAUACGUCGCUCUUUCGAAUUUGCAGGCGGCACCCUUCCAAGUAACAUACCAGUUGAAACUCAUUGCAACCGCCGUUUUUAGCGUGAUUUUACUGAAUAGGAACAUCUCACUGCGCAGGUGGGGGUUGCUAUUGCUCCUCCUGGUGGGCGUUGGGCUUGUGCAGAUACCCAUUAGCAGUUCCGGGGAGGUUUCUCUCCAAGAUGAGGCAGCCGCCCAUCAUGCCUUUCCGCGGUCGCUGGAAGAAUGGAAGGCCGCCAAGCUGGAUCGGCCAAAUCUCCAUAAACGUUCGGCAACGUAUGAGGGCAUUGAGGAGGAUAUGAUGACCGCCUUUCCGCGAAUGAAUGCAGUUGUUGGCCUCUUAGCGACUCUUGGCGCGUGCGUCGCAUCCAGCCUUGCCGGUGUAUAUUUCGAAAAGGUACUGAAGGAUAGUGCAAAGUCAACCUCGCUUUGGGUCCGUAACGUCCAAUUGGCCGUUUACUCUUUAUUUCCCGCACUUUUCAUCGGUGUUGUCUUCUUGGACGGCGAAAAGAUUGCCGCCAACGGCUUCUUCGGAGGGUAUAAUUGGGCCGUCUGGUCUACCGUGGUUGCUCAGGCAAUCGGAGGGAUUGCAACAUCCUUCUGUAUUGGCCAUGCAUACCGAGAUGCGAAGAAUGUUGCUACUGCUACCAGCAUCUUUCUCACUACGUUAGGAAGUACCUGGCUAUUUGAGUUUGAGCUCACUGGUAAUUUUAUUCUCGGAACGUUUGCAGUGCUUGUGGCUACCUAUCUUUGCGAAGACCCGAGUUCGGCUUCCAACACCGGCAAGCGCCAGGGGCCUCGCCCGCCUCCGAUUCGCAUCGACCAGUAUGAGAAAGAAUCCAAAAGCGAUGAAGUUUCGCCCACGUCCCCUCCACCGAACGAAUUUUCGAUCAAACUCCCCGGAACGCCGUUCCUGUCCGAUGCCGGCCUGUCGACCUCUAGGCCUACAUCACCAGGUCAUGUUAGGAUUAAUGCAGCCCGGACCGCCAGCGGUGGUUAUUUUGAUAAGCAGCUACGAGACCAGUGAUUUGACGAUACGGAUACGAACUCAGAUUUGCAUGCAGUGUGUAUAUUACGCUUUGCGUUUUGACCAAGUCCUAUGGGAAGUAAAUAAGCAUGGAUAGAAGCGAAGCGUUUUUUGUUUCAUCUUGGACAUCGACAUAUUUCUC